UGUGAACCGGAAAAGCGACUAUUAAAUCGGCCUUGUUUAGCUUAGCUUACCAGCUAUCAAAGGCGUCUGGUCGCGAAUAGACGUUAGUGCGCGCCCAUUAGUGCGUGUUGAAAAUGUACACGAAAAAGACAGCAGCAGUGAAGCUGGACGAUGAGUUUUGUGGAGUCAAAGAGGAGACACGAUCUCAACAACUGGAUGUCGUCUUCAACAACAAGCUGCUACGCGAAGCAGACAUCAGUGAAGCUCAUCACCCUGAGAGGCAGGAGUCAUUUAACAUAAAAGAGGAGGAAGAGGAUGAAGAGCUCUUACGCAAUAAAGAGGAAGUACAGGAGCAUUUAAUCAAAGUUUGGCACCCUCACAAUGAAGAGCAACUGCAACCCCAUCAAAUAAUAAAGGGGGAGGAGGACAUCAUCAAGUUGAACAUUGAAGACGAAGAUCCGAGCAGCAGCAGCUCAACAGAAGUGGACAGAGACCACCUUGGAGGAUCAUCAGCAGAAGGCCUCAUAGCUCCAUUAUCAGAUAGUGAUGAUGCCACGUCAUACUUUCCUCACACUGAUGAAGAUGAGGAUGAUGAGGAGCCCGGAGGUCGAAAGACAAUUUACAGUUACAACAAACGCUGGAAAUGCUCCCAGUGUGAGAAAACAUUCUGUAACGAGUCUUGGUUGAAACUGCAUAUGACAACACACACUGGAGAAGAACAUUUUGUCUGCUCGGUUUGUGGAAAAAUAUUCACACUGAGAGGAGAUUUAGAAAUACACAUGAAAACCCACACUGGAGAAAAACCUUUUACCUGCUCAGUUUGUGGUAAAACAUUCUCGGAAAAGUCCAAUUUGACAACACACACAAAAACACACACUGGCGACAAACCUUUUGUCUGCUCAUUUUGUGGUCAGAGAUUCACUAAAAAAGGAAACUUGAAAGUCCAUGCAAGAAUACAUACCGGUGAGAAACCUUUCUCCUGCUCUGUUUGUGGUCAAAGAUUUGCUCAAAAGGGAGAUUUAAAAAAACACACAAGAACACACACUGGAGAGAAACCCUUUUUCUGCUCAGUUUGCGGGAAAACAUUCUCUGAAAAGCCAAAUUUAGUAACACACACAAGAACACACACUGGCGAGAAACCUUUCUCCUGCUCGGUUUGUGGUCAAAGCUUUGCUCAAAAGGGAGAUUUAAAAAAACACAGAAGAACACACACCGGAGAGAAACCUUUUCCCUGCUCAGUUUGUGGUCAAAUGUUUGCUCAGAAGGGAUCUUUAAAGUGUCAUCUAAGAACCCACACUGGGGACAAACCUUUCUCCUGCUUAGUUUGUUGUCAGCGAUUCUCCAAAAAAGGAAACCUAAAAAUUCACACAAGAACACACACUGGAGAGAAACCUUUCACCUGCUCAAUUUGUGGUCAAAAAUUUACUCAAAAAGGAGAUUUAAAAACACACACUAGAACACACACUGGUGAGAAACCUUUUGUUUGCCCAGUUUGUGGUCAGAGAUUCUCGAGAAAAGGAAACUUAAAAAGUCACACAAGAACACACACUGGGGAAAAGCCCUUCUCCUGCUUAGUUUGUGAGGAACGAUUCUCAUGGAAGUGUCAGAUUAGGAAACAUAAGUGUGUUCAUGCGAAAGGCAGUGAUCAAUGAAGGUUUUGCCUGUCAUUCAAGUUGCCUAAUGAAUUGUUGCAUGAACCAACUUUAUCCAUGUUUAUCUGUUUUGGUCGAUUUUAGCGACGCUGGUGGACAAAAGCGGUAGUGUUUUGCCUUAAGGAAGACUGUGUUUCCCACGAGAACCAGCGCACAGUGUUGUAAAAUCAUGAUCCAAAAGCGAUACAGACGCCUUCAAGAUAUAAAAGAGGUGUCAUUCAAAUAGUUGUCAGUGGACAUAUUAUCACAAAUGUUAUGAAAAUAUUUUAUAAAGGUUGAAAAGUAACCUAGUGUUGCUUUAAAGCAGAGAAUUGAGACGUUUCCACUUAAAAUCAACUUAUUUACAUAUAGGCAAGAUAUGUAAAAAUAAGGAAAAAGUAAUUACCAUGGGGAAUUGCACACAUAGCCACCCAAAAAUGUGAAAAAGAGCUUUUUUUUCCCCCCAGCCGUCCCUUGUCAGGACCCCCAUCUUCCACAUUAAGGCUUGGAUCCUGCUAGGUUUUCUUGCACAUGCAGGUCUGUACUCAGAUAGGAGGAAUCUGGCACAAUUUACUAUCCAUCAGUGUUUUCUUUACCUCACAAAGUGGCCUUGAAAACGACUUUUGGAUUCCUGGCCAUAAACGGAAACAUUUAAAGGGCCAAAAACUUGGAAAUUGAAGAGGCAGAGCAAUCAUAAAAAUCCGUUUUUGAGAGCCUGUGCCAGCUAUGCACCCCCCCCCCCCCCCAUCCCACAAAUGUAAAGCAACACUAUGUAACUUUUCAACAUUUAGAAACUAUUUUCAUAACAUUUCAAAAUUGCAUUAUUAUUAUUAUUAUUAUUUGUGAUACAUCGACUGACAACUAGUUGAAUGACACCGUUUAUAUAUUUUGAGGGGGUCUGUAUCGCUUUCACUGGCAGGUAGGGGAAUACGGUUCAAAAUCAAACGCUUCUUAUUAACAAAAUCACCCUAUGCUAUUGUUUAGCCAGAACUGGAUUCAUUACCUCAUUAAUAUUUAUCCUUCACACAGGCGCUGGAAACAGAAUUGUCGUUUAAGCCAUCUACAGGCGACCGGGAGAUCAUGAUUUUACAACACUGUGCACUGCGACUGAAAAGUCACUUGGUGUUGCUUUAAGUGUGCUAUACUCAAGGCCAAAAUGUAGGCGUGGCAAAACGAUUUUAGGUGGACUUUUCUCCGAAACUACUUGGCGUAUGAGUAUAGAAUUUUGUCUGUGUUCAUUAUUUAUGUAAGAGUAUGUCUAGAAUAAAUUUGAGCCAGUUUGGAAUCGGUCACCUGCAGACCUAAGGGUGACAGAUCAUAUGAAAUAACCCUAAUUACCAUUUUCUGUUUCAGCAUUGAAAAUAUGUAAAUUAUUGACAACUUUUUUCAUUUCACCCAGUUUCAGUUUCAGCAUCACUCACAUACUGUAUAUUGAACUAAUAUUUUAUAUACUCUGAAUCUUUUUGUGGAAAAAAUGAUUAAUUCUUCGAAUUGACACAUGUUUCACACACGUACGUAGUUAUUUAUUUAUUUUUUAAGCUAGCUGAUUUUGCCAAAAUAAAACACAGUUACAUCAAAAUUAAGAGUCAAAAAAUUUUUGGGGUAGACAUUUGGACAAGUCUCUCAGACCUGUUAGUCCCACAUUUUUCUGUUAUGCAGGUUAUAUUGAGUCAAACCGAGUCACUAGGUUGUCAAGCCGAGCCCUGCGAUGUCACAAAGUUGACGAGUUGAGUCACAGGUUCGUCGUGGCACUCACCGUUGUUCCCCAAAGCAGUCGGUUUUAUUUACUCGCUGUGAUAUUUGCGAUGUGUCUGCCCAAUCAAUAUUUAGUAUGUAAAAUUAAUACAGUAUCUCUGAGUUUAUCAACAGCCCUCAUGUUUAUCUAACAUGUUUCAAUAAAUCAUUAAUUUAAAAAAAAUGCAAGAGUGAGACCAUCUUUCACGGUAAAGCUCCACUCAGUUUCUUUUUAUUUUGAGUUUGAGUCUACCGUUUUAUCUU